AUGGCUCUAAUUUAUACUUUAGGCAAGAAUCUGACACAGGAGGAAGUGGCAGCAUUUUUGCGGGUGUUGGUCUCUGAUACUUUUGCGUGGGAUGUAAAAAGGCACAAUGGCUUUGAGUUUAAGGUCCUUUUCCCUACUAAAGGGGAUCUUGUCAAGAUGACAAAGUUCAAUGCAGAGAUGAAGGAAGGGGUCACUCUCAAAUUUCAAGAAUUUAAGGAAGAUGAAGAGUAUUUUGGCCAUGCUCUACCAGUGGUUUGGAUGGAGUACGUCAUUCUGGGGGCACUUGGAACUCUUUUCGGUGUUACCCAGGAUGUGGAUAUGGUGACUACUAGAGCCAAUAACUUUGGACGGUUUGAAGUGGCAGUACUAGAACCCAAGGCAAUUCCGACCAAACUAGAUGUCAUCAUUGGUAAUAGGUACUUUCAGUUGAUUUUUGAGGUUGAACCUUAUUUACUUAACAUUGGACUGCGGAAUAUUUGGAAUAUACAGAAUGAUGGGAAUGAGGACCAUGGUAAUGGUGCGACAAAAGACACUGAGAUGAAGGAGGCACAAAAUACUGGGGAAACUAAUAUAUCAGAUGCAAGCAUCAGAAAUGCAAUAAAAAACAACACGACCGGGAAAGAAGAUAAGGCUCCUAAGACACAGAUGGAUUAUGAUUGGUCAAAUGAUGAUCUGCUAGGAGACGAGCAUGAACUUAACGAAUUUGUACGCGAUCGAUGGGGCGUGAAGAAGGCGUUUGCGGAUGGUGCUCAACACCUUGGUGUUCUUCUUGACGCCAUGUUGGGAGCUGGAAUGGCAGCUGAUGGAGGAGUGGGUAUUAGUUUGGGUGACAAUGAUGAUUUAAUGAUCGGGUCUAUUGCUCUUUUAAAAAAUGUUGAAAGGGAGAGACUGAAACCAUCUAUUUGUCUCAAUAAUGAUGAAAAUGAAUUUGAUUCUAAGAAGGAUGAGAUCGAUCUAGACACCUUCACCAUAAGUCGACUCUGUGGUGACUUAACGGAGGAGGUGAUGGAUGAUAAUAAUGCGGACCUCAAUGGAGUACUUGUAAAUGUGCCCAUCAAGGUGGGAAAAACCAAAAAGAAAAAGAAACUCCUCAGUAAGAAUACAGCUGCAAGAAAAAAAUAG